AUUGAGAGCUCACUGAUAGUCUUCAUCAUGACCAUCACCAUCUCUCUGCUCCUGCUGGUUUCUCUGGUGCCACACCCGACCUUCACUGCUCAUGUGGGCAUAGUGAACGGCACAGAAGCAAAGCCUCACUCCAGACCUUACAUGGUUUCUCUCCAGAAGGGCUUUCAACAUAUCUGUGGUGGAUUCCUCAUUUCUGAAAAGUUUGUCUUGACCGCUGCACAUUGCAGAAUGCGAAAUGAGAUAUUAACUGCUGUGGUUGGCGCACACAACUUGAGAAAUAGGUCGGAAAAGUCUGUCCGUAUGAAAGUCAAGUCUUACCAUUUGCAUCCAGACUUCACUGUUAAACCUUGGCGUAAUGAUAUUCUGCUUUUGAAGCUAGUGAAAAAAGUCCAACUAAACAAGAAUGUCAAGAUAAUUCCCAUGCCAAAUCGAGGAGACAUCAAGCCAGAUUCAGCUUGUGCAGUUGCUGGCUGGGGAAAACUGAGCUUUAAAGGGAAAGUGAGCACACAGCUCAUGGAAGUAGGUGUGAAGAUCAUGAACAACACAGAAUGUGAAAAUAAAUGGAAGAAAAUAUAUUUAGCUUCACAGAUGAUCUGCGUCUAUGGCCAUGGAGGAAGCUGCGGUGGGGAUUCAGGAGGUCCUUUGGUUUGUGGAGACACUGCAGUUGGUGUCACAUCAUUUGGUGAUGCAAAAGUCUGCAAUAGUCGUAAACGACCUGAAGUUUAUAUGAAGAUUUCAGAAUUUCUUCCAUGGAUCGACUCCAUAAUUGGAAACAAAGGGCGUAAUUUGCUUUGAGAAAAAGUAUUAAACUUUUGUUUUUGAGCUCUUAAAUGUUCAAUAAAGAAAUCCUUUAUCAAGCAUC